GAGGGAGCUACCCGCGGGCUGCGAUUACCUACGACGCAUAAACGGGCCGCUGCUAAGUUGCUCACCGUUGCCGCCGUGACCUAUUGACUACACUAUUCGCGUCGUAUCUCCGUACCCGCACAGUCGUUCUCACUGCACUUCGGCCGUCGCCCAUCGCCUGCCGCCAUUGUUGCCGUUUCCUUUGUCUUCGCUGCCGUCGCGCGACCCAUCGUAUUAAUAACCACAGUUUCCCAUUAAACGGUUUAUUAACAAUGACUGUAUUGACGUUUCCGUCGACCGGCACUAAGGCCGACAAAGUGCCAUUAGUCGACGAUGUCGACAGUAAGAACCAGGCAACCGAGGGGUCGCCUCGUUCAAUACCGCCGUCAUCAUUCCAUCCUAAGCAAAUAGAGUCGGGAGAAGCGGGACUCCUUAGGGAUGCUUCGAUCCCGAUUGUCGGUGCUUCAAAUGAGUUUCCAAAGAAGCAGAUUAGAGCCACAAUGUUGUUUCGCGUGACUAGGACCAUGAUCUUGCUACUUUUACUCGGUGCUGUUGUGAUGUAUUCCAGCAACUUCCUGUGCAAGGCGUUGAAAAAGGACUCGAAGCUCCAAAUCGAAAAAAUUCAGGAACAAAAGGAUGGUGACAUCAGAGACAGUAGCAGGUUGUAUAAAUCUUAUACUUCUUACGCCGACGCCGAAAGUGAAAUGUUUUCCAUGCCGCCGUCCUCUCCUACGGACAAUGAUUACGACCAGCGACUUGGAUUGGACCCAAUGGAAGACGUAUAUAAAAAAUUGAGUGACAUUGCUGUCAAUAAGGGUAUGGUCGAUCAAAAAAAAAACAUCCCUGACGUCAUUUCAGUGUUAAACUCAAACUUUGAGAUGAACCAUAAGGAUAGUGAUGUAUCUCCUCCAUUAGUCAUAAGCAAGUCGGCUCGUUUCAUACAUGAUUUCAGUAUCAACAUCACCGCUAUUGUAGACAUCGAAGGACAGCGUUGCUACGUCAUGCCUAUAUUCCGCAAAGCGUUGUCACCACCCAUAUCACUUUACGAUUUGUUGUUCAAAAUGUCCAGCGGCUAUUACUCCACAGACCUUAAGAAGUCCAUGCAUAACAUGCGUGUGAUUGAACCUGCUGUCACUGAUCUUUCUGCUUAUGGUUUGUAUAUUUCCAAAGACUGUGCUGACUAUUCCACUUUCAAACUGGAAAAAGUUGAGACCACCACAGACGUGUAAACUUCUCAAGUUUUAUCAAUUCAUAUUACAAAGUAUAACACAUGAAAAUUAUACAUUUAUACUUUUUUUUUUUUUUUUAUACCUAAUUAAACUAUUAUUGCAUUUUGAUCCUUACUCAGCUGUGACCCAUUUUUAGGUUGAAUCAUUGUUCUUGGGUUUGGAGAAAAGAUUUUAAAAUAUCAAAAAAUACAACCAUAUUUUUAAAAAAUGUCUAUACAUUAGUACUACACUUUUCAGGACCAACAAUUUAUUUAACUGAUUUUUGUUAAAAUAUACAACAUUAAAUUAAACUAUAUUUUAUGGGUAUAUAUAUACCUAUUUAUAUUCAUUUAUAUUAUUUUAUACACAAUCUAAUAUCAUACCCUAAUACAAAUUAUAUAAAACGGGUUUUUAAAAAUUUUAGACAGCGUGCUACCUAAUAUUUUAAAAAACGGGGACAACAUUUGUAAUAAAACAUUUAAUGCAUGCUCAGGUUAAAAUUUAUUCAUUAGCCUUUAAUAAAGACAAGGUGGGUUUUAGACUUCUGGUUUAAGUACUCGCAUGUCUAUGGAAAUGGUCAUUGAAAAAAUAGAAAAUUACUACGUAUUAUUAAUGUAGUAAUUAAUAAAGUCAUGAGGUAUUUUUUGAUGUUUUGAACAUUUUUUCCCCAGCUCAAAAUCCAUGCAUCAACCCCAUUUCUGUUACCAUUCAUUACCUAGUUAUGUAAGUUCCUUAGUUGUGUUCCAAUUUUUUUUGUAUUAUCAAAAGUAAAAGUUUUACAGCCAACAAACUUUAUAAAAAAGAGUUGGUUUGAGUCUAACCCAAUUCCUCAAUAAACAUUUUUACUAUUAACAAAUAUUAAGCUUGUUAUGAACUUACUCUUUAUACAAUCCUAUUGCUACAUUUAUACUUAUACAUUAUCAGAGUUUGUUUAGCUACAAUUAUUUCCUAUAACAUAUUUUAUUAUCAGAAUUGUUCUAUCAACAUUCUUAGUCUUAAUUAGUUUUUUAAUAUAUCAUUACAUAUAUAGGUAUUUAAGAUUUUAGAUUCCUUUUGUUCAGUCUGUGUUCGCAGCUCACCACCAUUGUGUUGGUAUAGACUUCAACAACGUGUCAAAGAUUUGCAACAGACGACCAAUUUCAAACAAGAACUAAGAAACGAAUAUUUUUAAUUAAAAUUUGUUUUUGUGUUUGCAUCAUUGUGAGAUGUAUAUUAUAACAUAAGUAGAUUUUUUUGAUCAUUUAAUAAUUGUAUUAAUGGUUUAAUUUUAUAAACAAUAUCUCUUACUGUGCUCAGCACUUAACAUAAUUUAAUCUGUACGUUAAGCCUAAGAACGAGCAUCUAAUAUUAAAUAUUGAGUUCUAUUUCAAAUAGUAGUUAUAGGUACAUAAGUGUUUUAAAAAAUAAAUCAAUAACAUUGUAUAAUUUUAUGAAAAUAAAUUAUGGAAUGUUUU